GCCCAGCGCGGCUGCCCCGGGACCCAGCUGCGCGGCGCGGCAGCGAGCGGCUCCAGCACCCCCCUGUGCAACUUUUACUGCAGGGUUUCCCCGUGAGCCGAUGAGCCCGAGCCCGUGCAGCGCCAGCCCCGCCGCGAGCCGGGGACGGGCAGCACUUCGGAGAUGGCUCUAACCUUGUUUGAUACUGAUGAAUACAGACCACCUGUAUGGAAAUCUUACUUAUAUCAGUUGCAACAGGAAGCUCCCCAUCCUAGAAGGAUUACCUGCACUUGUGAGGUCGAGAACAGACCCAAGUAUUAUGGAAGAGAAUUUCAUGGUAUGAUCUCAAGGGAAGAAGCCGACCAGUUAUUAAGUGUUGCAGAAGGAAGUUACCUCAUUCGUGAAAGCCAACGGCAACCUGGUACUUACACUUUGGCGUUAAGAUUUGGAAGUCAAACCAGAAACUUCAGACUCUACUACGAUGGAAAACACUUUGUUGGGGAGAAACGUUUUGAGUCCAUCCAUGACCUGGUGACAGAUGGAUUGAUUACUCUUUAUAUUGAAACCAAGGCAGCUGAAUAUAUUGCCAAGAUGACAAUAAAUCCAAUUUAUGAACACAUAGGAUAUACAACUUUAAACAGAGAACCAGCACACAAAAAACAUAUGCCAACCCUGAGAGAUACACAUGAUGGCAAAGAGUCUACAGGAGAGGAUGAGGUAGCAGAAAAGAGGUUGACAUCACUUGUCAGAAGAGCAACUCUGAAAGAAAAUGAACAUAUUCCAAAAUAUGAGAAGGUUCACAAUUUCAAGGUUCACACGUUCAGGGGUCCACACUGGUGUGAGUACUGUGCCAAUUUUAUGUGGGGCCUCAUUGCUCAGGGAGUAAAAUGUGCAGAUUGUGGCUUAAACGUUCACAAACAAUGCUCCAAGAUGGUCCCAAAUGACUGCAAGCCAGACCUGAAGCAUGUAAAAAAAGUAUACAGCUGCGACCUUACAACACUAGUAAAAGCACACUUCACUAAGAGACCAAUGGUAGUAGACAUGUGCAUUAGGGAAAUUGAAUCUAGGGGUCUUAAUUCUGAAGGGCUGUAUAGAGUCUCAGGAUUUAGUGACCUCAUUGAAGAUGUUAAAAUGGCAUUUGAUAGAGAUGGGGAAAAAGCAGAUAUUUCUGUGAAUAUGUAUGAAGAUAUCAACAUUAUAACGGGUGCACUUAAACUGUACUUCAGGGACUUGCCAAUUCCACUCAUCACAUAUGAUGCCUACCCAAAAUUUAUAGAAUCUGCAAAAACCACAGAUCCUGAUGAACAGCUGGAAAUCCUUCAUGAAGCACUGAAACUUCUGCCACCUGCACAUUGUGAAACCUUAAGAUAUCUUAUGGCACAUUUAAAGAGGGUAACACUUCGGGAAAAAGAGAAUCUCAUGAAUGCAGAGAAUCUUGGCAUUGUUUUUGGACCAACCCUCAUGCGAGCACCAGAACUAGAUGCAAUGGCUGCACUGAACGAUAUCCGGUAUCAGAGACUUGUGGUGGAAAUGCUUAUAAAAAAUGAAGACAUUUUAUUUUGAAUUGUUUGUUUGGUUUUUUUGUAAAAAGGAAAAAGGAAACAACAAUAUUCUAUAGAUGAAGGGAUAUUUUAAAAUAAUUUAAUUGGCUCUCUUGUAGCUGAAUUCCAUAUUUGCUAUAGCUUUUGAUGUAUGCAGGAUAAAAAUGAAGGAACUCUGUGUCGUUUCUGUAGUGCCAUUCAGCUGAUGUUGACAAAAGAUUAACACAUACUUUCCAGUACUAGUGAUCCUGGGUGUUUAUCAUGUUUUAAAAAUAAGUAAAAACUAAACCUACUGCAUGAUUGGCUCCCUAUCCUCCCUGUUUUGGUGAGGGUAUGUCUGCAAAGGAAACAACAGAACUGAUGCAGCAUCUUUGUUCUGGAUAGUUUGUGAUUGUAAUUCAGCAUGUUUCUCAGUGUAAACCUGUUGUGAUUUGCUUUUAUGUUCUAUGUAAUUGGUUUCUAAUACUAAAAAGAAAGCAGAUUUCUGUGAAAUGGGGCCUCUGGCUGUACCUUGACAUUUCCUAUCAUCCUUUUCCCACUUUCUCGGGUGAUUUCUCCCUAAUUCCCCUCAGUUCUUUUGCCAGGUAGUAAUUUGUUUUAACAGGAGCAAAAUGUGUACUUUGAAUGUAACUUUAAAUAAUUUUCCAUGCCUUUUAUUGUGAUUGCAGUAAAAGCUGCAACACUGAAUGAUGUUUCCUUUAGUAUUAUUGUUAUUUUGGUUGUAAUUUGUAUUUUUAUCUGGCAUGCAUAUAUUAAUUUAUUAAAUUUUGCUUUUAGAAAUCUUA